CUCUCUCUCCCUUUCAAAGCCGACUCUUGCCCACACCUUCCACAGUCUGUAGUGUACUCUGUACAUACACCACUUGCCCCGAGAGCUCAGAGGUUGUCAAGCCUACGCAAGUGCAGAAGAUGGCCGAGCACCACCACCUCCCGCCGGAGCACCCCGACCACCACCACCACAAAGGCGGGAGGAAGGGGGUCUACGCCGACGACGUCAAGCCCGGCUCGCGCGGCCGCUCCCGGUACAGCUACUACUACGGCGGAUACGGGGACGGCGGCGGCGGUGGCGCCGUCCGUGCCCUCUGCUUCGCCGUCCUCGUCCUCCUCCUCGCCGUCGGGAUCACCCUGCUGGUGCUCUACGUCGUGUACCGCCCGUCCCACCCCACCUUCGCCGUCACCUCGGCCGCCGUCCUAGACCUGUACAACGCCACCGCCAGCACCAACAACAACGCCGCCGCCGCAGGCGCGGCGCCCGCGGCGCUGCUGGCCGCGUCGUUCCAGUUCACGCUGGUCCUCGGCAACCCGAGAGGUCGGUCGGCGGCGCGGUACGACCGGCUGGAGGCGUACGUGGCGUACCACGGGGAGGCCCUGACGGCGCCCACGCCGAUGCCCCCGCUGGCGCAGGACGCCGGCACCGCCGUGGCGACGGCGCCCGUGCUGGGAGCAGGCGUCGGGGGCCCGCCCGUGCCCGUGUCGCCCGACGCCGCGGCGGCGCUGGCCACGGACGUGGCCAACGCCGUGCUGCCGCUCCGCGUGGUGCUGCUCGGCCGCGUCCGGUUCGUGCACGGGCCGUUCCACAGAGGGUGGCACUCGCUCUACGCCCGCUGCGACGUCCUCCUCGGCGUACGCAAGAUCGGGGGGACCGGCGCCGCCACCGGUGGUGGUGGUGGUGUGCCCCAGGCGCCGAUUCUUGGCGACCCCAACUGCAACGUCGACAUGUGAAUAUGUGAUCGAUCGGAUCAUCACCUCCUCAUCUCGUGUCGUGUGGACGUCUAAGAGCAGAAUAUAUACAUACUAUAGCAAAUCUACCUACGUGCAGAUGCGUGAAUGUCUCCGUCGUUGCGUAUGUGAUCUGUAUAUGCAAAAACAAAAUUACAUGUACACGCUAGAAACAAAUAAGGAGUUUGUAAUGUAAUGCUUUGAUAGCAGUGGUGCUUUGUUGGUCGUGAAAUAA